GUGCUUCUUGGGGGGAACAUCCUUUAGUAUAUCUCUACAAAGAGACAAUAUUUAUAAAAUAAUUAUAUAAGUGUAUACGCAUAUUAAUUUUAAUUAUAAUUCGAAAUAAAAUCUAUAUUGUAAUAAUAAGUUUAAAAAGUUCACAUAAACACAAUUUCCUCAACUUGUGUUAUUUAUUAUGGAUAACUAAAGAAAAAUUUCCUGUGGAACACUGUUAUAUUAGCAAUUUGGUGUUUAAGCCGAAAUGUUUUGAAUUCAACAAAAAGUGUGCAAUAUUUUUGAUUAACGGCAAUAUAACAACAGUUGGUAUUGUCAAAGUGAGAAGUGAAAUUCUUUCAGUUUUUUUUUUAUUAAAAAUUUAAUUAGAGAAGAAUAAAAAAAAAAAAUAUUAUAAAAUAAAUAUUUUCGCAUAUUCACAACCACAUACACGAAUAUAAAAUUAUAAUGAAGCAUUUAACAUAAAAAAAAAAUAUUUAAUUUUUAUUAUCAGUUUUGAUUUUCUGAUAUUUUUUGGAUAAAAAAUAUUAAAAUCAUUAAUACAACAUUAAAAAACCAAACAAAAAAGGAUUAAAAAUUUUUUAAUAAAAUGAAAUCAGUUAAAUUCUUAUUGAUUUCAUUUUUCACAAUAUGUAUUGGAGCAAUAUUAGGAAUCGAUUUCCGUGGGCAAGGAAUUUUAGAUGCCUUCAUGGAUUUCAAUUUAAUGGAAAUGAUACCAGUGCCACCAGAGAAUGGUGUUGAAUUUAUUACCGGUUCUGAUGGUUUUGUUGCAUAUCAAUUUAAAACUGGAGCUGAUGUUAAAUUUCCAUAUCGUCUUGUAUUACCAGAAAAAUUAAAUGAAUUUGCAAUUAUGGCAACAUUUCGUCCAAAUUCACGAACUGGUGGCUAUUUAUUCAGCAUUGUAAAUCCAUUAGAUACAGUUGUACAAUUAGGUAUACAUAUAUCACCGGCUGAUCGACGUGAUAAAUGGAAUAUUACAUUAUUAUACACUGAUGCUAGUAUACAUAUGGCAACUAAAAAAUUAGUAACAUUUGAAAUUGAUUAUUCUAAGAGAUGGCAGAAAAUUGCAUUUGAAGUAUUAAGCAAUAAAUUGACUUUCUUUUAUGAUUGCGUUGAAGUUGAAAUGAGAUUGGUGAAAAGGGAACCACCUGAAUUAGUGUUUGAUUCAGCAUCAACACUAUAUCUAGCACAAGGUGGUUCAAUGUUAAAAGGGCACUUUGAGGUCUGUAAAUUCUAA